AGGUAUGGCUGGUAAAGCAAGGGGGCGAGGGGCAAGCUUUACAUUUGACCUGCAAGCAAUUGGCUUUUCAAGGGGAGAAGCCCUUCCAGAGACUCAAGCACAGCCCAUGCCCAUAUACCCUCAUUCAGACUACAAACCGGCGAGCUUACUACAAGGGGAAGAAUAUGAAUAUUUAUUGUCAUUAAAACAAGAACUACGAGGAAACAUGAAAUAUUUACCGUACUAUAUGGGAAGAGGCGAACAAAGGCCGAGCAUUGACAAAUACAGUCUGAAGUAUCUGCGGGAGGCGGAGAAGAAACGUACUGAUGAGUGGACACCAGAUUGGCAGUUACUUCCAAGAGAAAUGAAAGCUGUCAAGAUGAAGAGGAAGAAAGCAGAUGAAAAAAAGGCCAAAGCAACUAAACCUGGCGCCAAUGUCGAUGUUCUGAAGAAAAUUGAGGAACUAGAAAAAAAAGGGGAUGGCGAAAAAUCUGAUGAAGAAACUGAGGAGAAGAAGAAAGGAGAGGGUGAAGAGGAAGAGGACGUUGAAGUAGAUGUAGAAGAAGAAGAAAAUGAGGAAGAUAAUGACUACAUUGCUUCCUAUUUUGAAGAUGGAGAUGACUUUGGUAACAGUGAUGACAACAUGGAUGAAGCUACCUAUUAA